AUGUCUUCGAUCGACUACUCCAAAUGGGACAACAUUGACACCGACUCGGAAUCGGAGAACGCCGUCACCUACCUGCACAUCGACCCCAUCUCCGGGCUGGCGCCGCCGGCGUGGCAGGCGGGGCGGAUUGGCACGGUGAUCGUGGCGCGCAGGGACCGCAAGGAUCUGUCGCCCGAGCACUACGAGGCCACUUGGAUGUACAUCGACUACAUGAUCGAUUUCUUUGGGAACGGGGGCCCGCCGGUCGGAGCAUCUAUACAAGGAGAAGAUUGA